AUGGAAACAUGGACUGCCGUGAUUGAACGGCAAAUUUUGUUACGUAACGCCGCUGAGUUUCAACCGAUGGAACGUGUAUUUAUAGCACAUCGUGUUGCCCAGAAUCAACUCCUGCGAUCGCAGCAGCGAUUACAGGAACUAGGAGAUGAAAACGCAAAGUUAGAUGAGAAGAACAAAAAUCUUGCUCAACAUUUGCGUACUCUAGAACUUGCAGCAGCUGGUGUUGUAAAUCGAACAAGUCGAGAGGAAGAACUAGAAGCUAAAGUUGCUGAGCUGCAGAAGCAAGUACAGCAAAAUAUCACACAGGAGAAGGAUUACUAUAAAAGUAUUUGUGAAGCCAAUCGGUUAACAGAAGAGAACAAGUCUCUUAAGGAAGAGUUAUCACAUAUGAAAGAACAGGAAAAACAUCGUGAGAAUGUACUUCGAAUGAUGAAGCAUGAAUAUGCGGCACUUAAACAAGAGAGUGAAGAGUUACGACCUAAAUUAUGCACAAUCCUUAACGAACGUGAUCGAUGCAUUAAAGAUCUUUUAGCCUCCAAAGACACUGUUGCAAAGAUGCAGGAAAAGAUAUUAGAAUAUGAAGAUGAGUUAAAUCGUAUCCGCAAGGCAAAACGCCAGCAAGGCGGUGAUGCUGCCACCUCUACCAACACCACCUCUACCAACACAACAACAACAGCACCAAUUCACACCGAUCCUGCAGUGCUGAGUGGCUCUGCAUCUUCCGUCCGCAGAGGCGAGGCCCUCGCACGGGAGCGUGAGACGCUGCUGUCCCUCGACGUCCAGCCGCCCAGUGCUGUGCUGUACGCUAUUGAUGGGGCCCAUGGGGAUCGAAUGGUGUACGCGGCGUGUGCGGCGGAUGGCGGGCGGCUGCUCAUCACCGGCGGCGGGGAUCGCAACAUACGGCAUUGGGAGUUUAGUACAGGCAAACCGUUGCGUACACACAGCAGCACAGAUGUCCCGCUGGCUCUCGACAGUACAUCACAUUAUUUGUUGGCGGGCUGUGCGGAUGGGGUGACGCGGUUCUGGGAUACACACACACUACGCACGGUGGAAUUGACAGGACACAGUGAGAAGGUAGUGGCGGCGUAUCUCUCACAAUCAGCACACAGCGCCUUUACCGCAAGUUCAGAUCGUACGAUCAAAUUGUGGGAUGUGCGACGAGGAAUGGGACAGCGUACGAUUAUGUGUACCAGUACCUGUAAUGAUCUCUGCGUGGUGGAUUCAUACAUUUUGUCAGCACACUAUAAUGGUAGUUUGUGGGUGUGGGACCGCCGCACGGUGGGUCACAGCACGGAGAUUAAGAAUGCCCAUCACCAGGGGGUUACGUGUGUUCGAAUAGAUCCUGAUGGACGACGUUGUGUUUCACUUGGACGGGAUAAUAGUAUUUGUGUACGUGAUGUCCGUGAUUUAAAACAGGAACUUUUUCGUGUAGAAAAUAGUGAUAUGCGAGUCUCAAGUAAUCUUACACGUCUUGCGAUAAGCCCCGAUGGGAAACUCUGCGCUGUGGGAAACGCACGAGGGGCGGUGUUUCUUAUUAAACUGGAUGAAGGUCAUAUACUUGAUACGACCCUUUCUGGGGAACAUCAAAAUGGUGUUCAUAGUGUUAUCUGGGAAAUGUGUGACUCUUCCCCGCUGUUGGCGUCUAUUGGGGAAGACAAACGUGUAGUUGUGUGGAAGUAA